CUCCCUCCGGCUGGGGGUGGCCGGGUCGGCGCUCGCCGGGAUCCCAUUCCUCCUCCCUCGGUGCAUGGUCGCGGCGGGAGCGGGGGAGGGUGAGCCCGGCGGGGCGCGGGCCGGAGGCGGCGGCGGGAGCGGAGCCCCAGCGCGGAGGAGCCGUCGCUGCCCGGCGGAGGUAUUGCCAGGCAUCUUAAGUGGUUGACCAAGACCUAAGGACUUGGAACAGUGGUGUGUGAUGUCAAACAGUGGGCAGUCCUUGCGGCCUCCCCUGCCAGCCUUCAGCGUCAUGUGCCAGUAUGAAUAGUAAGAAAGAAAAGCAUAGUUCAGAGCUCAGCAUCCCAGAAAGAAAAAAGGAGGAACUAAACGGAGAGAACAAAUGACUGCACUGCUUACAAAACUUGGAGCUGCUCACUUUUUCUCCCAAGAAAUUUCAUCUUGGCCUUUGUGAAAGAGCUGAAAGAGCCAGCAGAGCAGCCACAGUGAUUUUCUUAGGGUCCUUUUUUUCUUUCUUAAUUUUAUUUUUUCCUCCUUGUGCCUGGAUUUUAAGACUGUCAGCUGCACUGAUCACAAGCACUGGACAUCAAUAUGUGUCAUGUCAUUGUAACAUGCCGGUCAAUGCUAUGGACUCUUCUGAGCAUUGUGGUGGCUUUUGCAGAGCUCAUUGCUUUCAUGAGCGCAGACUGGCUGAUUGGCAAAGCAAAGCCUUCAAGCUCUGAGGAUGUGGACAACAAAACGGGGGGGUCGCAGGAGCCUUACCAUCCAACGCUGGGCAUCUAUGGGCGCUGCACCAGAAUCUCCCACAUGCAGUUUUCUAGACGAGACACACUUUGUGGUCCUUACGCUGAAAACUUCAAUGAGAUUGCCAGUGGGUUCUGGCAGGCAACUGCUAUUUUCCUAGCCGUGGGAAUCAUGAUCCUCUGUGCCGUGGCAUUUGUGUCUGUCUUUACUAUGUGUGUGCAAAGUAUUAUGAAGAAAAGCAUUUUUAAUGUCUGUGGACUGCUACAAGGGAUUGCAGGCCUCUUCCUCAUCUUAGGCUUGAUACUUUACCCUGCAGGUUGGGGAUGCCAGAAAGCAAUAAGCUAUUGUGGACCUUAUGCUUCUGCUUACAAACUAGGAGACUGCUCCUUGGGCUGGGCUUUCUACACAGCUAUUGGUGGCACUAUUCUGACGUUCAUUUGUGCGGUCUUCUCGGCGCAAGCUGAAAUAGCCACAUCCAGUGACAAGGUGCAAGAAGAAAUUGAAGAAGGAAAAAACCUUAUUUGCCUCCUUUAACUCCAGUGGGGAAAAAUACCAGCACCUGAAUCUUAAUCUGCUUUCCAUUGACUGGACAAGCAGAGCCGCUUACCCAUUUCUACCAUUUGUGUGAUUGAGCCCCAUGCAUUCCAGCCCUGAACUACUGAAAUGGUCUUUCUUUCUUGCUGGGCAAUGAGGAUCUGAGAAAGGAUCCCAAGAAAGCAGAAUGUAAAUAAUUGGGGAUGUCUUUAGUUUCAUUCUAUAUUCAGGACACAGUGGAAUAUAUUAAUCUGACUGGGGAGGUGAGGAAUCGUGUAUAUAGCAGGAAUACUAUUGAUUUAACUGACAAAUUCUGAUUGAUUGGAUUGCCUUACCCACCUUGGUCACUUUGAAGAAUUUGGAUUUAAAAUAAUAAAAGCCAGCACAUUUUUUUUUUUUUUCCUUAUACAAAA